GCAAAUCCUGUCCGCGGACCUCCCCCGGGGGGCCUAUCAUCAAAGCGCCCAUGGAGUCCGUACGCCAAUCCUGUCGGCCUAAACAUCAGGUUUUGACGCUGAAAUGCUAUCCCCGAUAUCAAAAAGGCGUGGCGGAGGUCAAACCAAACCCGAGCGAACUUUCAUACCUAUUGUACUAUGCGAGUACACGUCGCAGUAAGCUGACCAAGGUUGGCGGCUUCCUGGAGAAGAGGGUGGCCAAAGAUGUCUGGCGACGCAGGUUAGGAAAUGUCCAGGUCGCGCUUCACAUUCUAUCCGGACUCAUCGAAAAAGUUCCUCGCGAUCUUCCUAUCUACGUGGGCUCUGUUCUAACCGUCAUCGAAACCGUGUUACGAUCAAAUGAGAUCUCCUUGGUGGAGGAUUCUAUCGCGACCUUCGAAACCUUCUGCCGGCACCAGGAUGUCGCAAUUAUUUCGGCCGAACAGGGAAUUGCCCAGAAAUACCGAGAAGUCGUUCGUUUGUACGCAAGUUUCGCCGAUCCGUCCUCCGAAUUGUACUCCCCCGCAAAAGUUAGCCCCCCAGUCUCGAUUCGUUGGAGGAAUGCCGGACUCCGCGCGAUCCGGAGCAUCGUCAGCUCCGAGAGUCUUGCCGCCGACGGAGGAAACUCCCUUAAAAUCAUUCUACCCGUUAUUUUGGAGAAUCUGUACUCAGCCGACGAGGAUGUGCUUAUCCCAUUGAAGGCCAGACUUCAAGAGAACAAGGAGCCUGAGCGCGAUGGAGGUCGUGCUCCCCGACGGAUGAGCGUUGCGACGGUACACACGGUGGAUACCGUUGAGGCUGAUCCAGCACUAGCAGCCCAGUCGACUGCAGAUGUCGACCGACAGGCGGAAAUGGAUGCCCGGCUACUGGCACUGCGCUGCCUUGAGCGAAUCACCGUCUCUGGGAGUAACCGUGGUCAGAUGCGAAUUGCGGCGUCCAUCAUCAUGCAUUUCAUCUCGAGCAAACGUUUCCCUCGCACCAACUCGCAGGAGCAGUCAUUUGAUAAGCACCAAGAUGGAAACUGGGCUACUUCUCUCAUUGAACUGAUUGCAAACUGGUGUCCCGUUCAGGUCCGAUUUGUGAUUUUGAUGACGGCCAUGGACACAUUGUUCGAAACGAACCCUACGGAGAAGGCAUUAGACUCUGCAUUCACUAUCCUUUCCGUGGUGGAUUGGCUUCUGAAAUCGUCGGUCAAUAUGAUUGGCUUGAGCGUUAUGGAUAUUUUGUCCGGUCUUAUGCAGUACGCCUCGAGCAUUCUGUCGCCUCAGGAAGGCAUCGAUGGUGAAAAGAAGGCAGACUUGCAAGCCGACAGCUCGAUUCACAUCUCUGGUCGGAGGAGAGGUCUGCUCAUUCUUCUCGAACAGUGUAUUGGAGACUUGGCCACUCAUAUCUACUACGGUGAUCAGGUUGCAGAUAUGACGCGCGCCAUUCUCCGGCGCUUCAAGCAAUCCAUGAACAACGAUAGCACCGCACCAUCUGCCCUGGCUACCGUCCAUGAAUCUACUGCGUCCCCAGUGGCCUUCACCCAGUCUGGCUCCGAGAUCAAUGGCGAGAAAGUGAACAGUGAUGUCUAUUCGCACGCUGCUGCGAGAUCGACGGCUCUCCGAGCUGUCAAGGCCAUCUUUGUCGUAGCAAACUCGAAAAAGUCUACUUCAACGUCCGAAACAAGAAACCCCGUUGGUAUUCAUGUUUGGGAAGGGACCCAAGGUCUUCUUCGGGAUUCUGAUCGUGAGGUCCGCUACGCCUAUGCCGACGCCUUUUUGUCUUGGCUUUGUCUCGAAACCAACAAUAAUGACCUCAAAGCUGAGCAGCUAGACAAGCCCAACCGGCGGAGCACCUCGGCUCCGGGUAACAAUAGAGAGAUUGUUGCCCAGGCUGCGCAAUCUACUUUCCUCCGACUGUUGCACUUGGCGAUCUAUGAUGCUGCUCUUGACUCUGCCUCCGUUGAAUCCGAGAUCCUCCUGCUGCAUCUUCUUAUGGUUAGUCUUGUUGAUAACCUCGGUGUCAAUGCUGUUCAAUUUGGACUACCAAUGGUCUUGAAACUUCAGGAUGAUCUUGCCACCUCAGUCGAUCUAGGUUCAUCUAAGGCCCGCGUCAACAUCGCAAGCUUAGUUCAUGGGUAUCUUUUGGCAGUCUCGAACAAAUUCAAUCUUGAAUCUUCCCAUGCCGGUGUUGAGAUCCGCAACGAAGUCGAAAGAAGACAGAGUAAGGGACAAUGGCUUUCAGCUGUUCGACUGCCGCCCACUGGUCUCGAUGCCAUCACUGAUAACGAGAAGGCUGUCAACGGUCAUUCUGUUUCGUCCGAUAGUCUGCCACCGUUCCGGAAUGUUGAGGGGCUUGUGAGUGAAAUUGAUGAAUCCUAUAGCAAAGAGUUCUCGUCGCCACCACAGAGUCCUCCAACAGCACCAGCCCGGGGCUUCAAUUUCCCAGUCUUGAGCCAACCUCCAUCGUCACACCCACCGGUAGAGAGCGGUCUUCCAUCGUCCGUCAGAGACCAGAUGCUGUCUCCAUGGUCUCGAGAGUCGUGCCUGGCUGCCGUCGAGAAGGAAAGUGUCAAGACACUAUCUCUCAGUGGAUCCCGUGCAGGCACUGCGCCUCGUAAUAAUGCCAAUGGCACCGCACAUGGCUCCCCUGCUGGCUCUGCUACGAACAGAAACCGUCGGAUGAGUGUUCCCGAAAUCUCACGGACACCAGAGCAUAGUUCCAGUCGAGGCUCUCCUGUGCGUGUGACAGAGCUGCGGCGUGUGCUCUCUGUAACCAACGACAGCCAGCAAAGGAAACUCAGUCCUCUUCGCGGCCACGUCAAUGCAUCAAAUAUCAGCGUGAUUUCCUCUGGCAGUGAAAGUAUGGUCAGUGGCAAUUACGCGAUCUCCGAGAUGGACGCAGAGGGCAUUUCUAUCCACCAACAGGAGGGACAGCAAACACCCGAUGCAGAGGGCUCAGAGACUCCCCGCCCGGCAUCAGCUAUUGUUCUUUCCGACGACCAAACCCCGACAGAACAAUUAGACAGCCAGAGCCAAUUCAACUCUACAGAGAUACCCCCUGUCCCGCCCAUCCCUACAAACCUGCACAUCCCAGGAGGUUACCCCAACGACUCUCAGCGGUCCUUGGUCAUUGACCGUCCAUCCACCGCCCCCGAUGGUCAACCGUCUUUCCAAGGUACAUCGGGGCAAUCACAACAACACGCUCGCAACAAAAAGUCCUUGAACCGCAACAAGAGCCGCAGCAGCAACACCCUCGCUGGAGCUGAUUUCCGGGACGCCAACGGCAGUUCUGAUAAUAGCCACCGAGACCAGCUGAAAAUUCUUUUGGAUGGAUUCCUGGCGCCAGAGAACAGUCUUUUGGCUAAUGGAGACAAUUCAAACACCUCUUCCAAGGCCCCAGUAACUCGAAGCUACUCCAAACGCCGAGUCAGCGGCGGCGGCAUCGGACGCCCUCCAUACUGA